GCCCCCCAUUAAGGAGCAUGAUUCUAAAAAAAUGCAACAAGAAAACUACUUACAGACAAAGAUAAACACGAGCCAAUAAAGAAGGAAGCCCAAAUUGUCAAAGAAAAUGUGUCAAGGAAAAGAGAAGACCGUGAUUUUGAGGGUCAAGGAAAUGAACAAAAGGUCAUUUAGUUCAUAUGGGAGGCAAGGCAACAAUGAGGUGAAUCAAAAUUAUGAAGGACUAGCUCAUGUGGUUCCUUUGACUGCUGGAGAAGCAAAUCCAGUUGAUGCCCCAGAUGCUGUUGCACAAGAGAUGGAAGACAAUAAUAAUGAAGUUGACAUUAUUGAAUACGCUAGCCAAAAUGUUCUAAAAGCUGCUGCGCUUUGGAAAUAAAAGGUAUUCAUAAAGUUGUGAGCCACUAAUUUCAUGCUUUACAACAACACUUAACUAACAAAUUGAAAUUUUAGUCCGUUUACAUGAAUCAUAACAUCACAAUCAAUCGUCUAGACCGGGAAACUCUACUUACACUUAUCAUUUUAAUUGAAAAUAUGAAAUUACAACUUGGAUUAUACCUUCCAAUGCAUUUUAAUCAACUCUUUCACUAGAUUCAUGGUUUGUUAUGAGUUCCCUAUGCAUUUUUAUCCCCAUAUUAUCAUUAGAUAUGACUAGUUUAGAUGCAGAAAGACCCCAUGUAAACUGUACUGUCAAAUGUGAGUAAAAAUGAAAACUUUUG